CCCUCCGGUCUGUGCCAUCUUGUAUUUAGCAAAGAACAAAAACGGUUUAAGAAACAAGCCAGCCGUCGGGACGGGGCGCAGGCGUUCAGUCGGAUUUUAAGAAUAUAUUUUAAAAACAGUCAAGUGUUAACGGGACAGUAUGUUUGGAAGUGGGCCUCGCGGAGAAACAUCAGCCACACCCCGGAGAACCGCUAAUGUUACCGUUAGCUCAAGCUAUCGAAGCUAACGUUACCGUUAGCUCAAGCUAUCGAAGCUAAGCUAGCCAAUUAGUUCAGGCUAGCCCCGCGAGCUAACGAGGGCAACCGCCGAGUUUCCGUUUGAACCAGCUGAACUAGCCAGCAGUUUAUUAACUUCAGUGUCGGGACGUAUUGGUGGAAAUGAGACCGGCGUCGUGUUGAUAAUCUGCCGAGAGAGGAGACCCGGGUUACGAGAGAGGAGACCCGGGCUACGAGAGAGGAGACCCGGGCUAUGAGACAGGAGACCCGGGCUAUGAGGAUAGAGGCUCGCUAGCUCGGCUGCUAACGGUUAUUUUUCGGUCCGGAGCGGAACCACAAUAAGCCGCGGCCCUGGCCAUGCCCUCGAGUGCACGGUCGGGCAGCAUCAAAGACCCCGAGGUGGCUGACCUUUUCUGCAAAGAUGACCCAGAGAAGCUGUUCGCCGACCUCCGUGAGAUCGGCCACGGCAGCUUCGGAGCCGUUUACUUUGCCCGAGAUGUGCGCAACAAUGAGGUGGUGGCCAUUAAGAAAAUGUCGUACAGCGGCAAGCAGACAAACGAGAAAUGGCAGGACAUCAUUAAGGAGGUGAAGUUCCUGCAGAAACUUCGCCACCCGAACACCAUCGAGUACCGGGGCUGUUACCUGAAGGAGCACACAGCAUGGCUGGUGAUGGAGUACUGCCUGGGCUCGGCCUCGGACCUCCUCGAAGUUCACAAAAAGCCGCUCCAGGAAAUAGAAAUAGCUGCUAUUACCCACGGUGCACUGCAGGGAUUAGCGUAUCUUCACUCUCACAACAUGAUUCACAGGGAUGUGAAAGCAGGAAACAUCCUGCUGACUGAGCCCGGUCAGGUCAAACUGGGGGACUUUGGCUCUGCCUCCAUCGUGGCUCCGGCCAAUUCCUUCGUGGGGACUCCCUACUGGAUGGCUCCAGAGGUGAUCCUGGCGAUGGACGAGGGCCAGUAUGACGGCAAGGUGGACGUCUGGUCGCUGGGCAUCACCUCCAUCGAGCUGGCGGAGAGGAAGCCCCCGCUGUUCAACAUGAACGCUAUGAGUGCCUUAUAUCACAUCGCUCAGAAUGAAAGCCCCAUCCUCCAGUCCAACCACUGGUCUGAUUCCUUCCGCAACUUUGUUGACUCUUGCCUACAGAAGAUUCCCCAGGACCGACCUACCUCGGACGUGCUGCUCAACGUGAGAUCUCACCCAGCUUCAUCUCACCUAACGUUAAGGUCCUUGGCAGUGAGGGAGGUUAAAGAGCUGGACAACCUGCAGUACCGCAAGAUGAAGAAGAUCCUCUUCCAGGAGACGCAGCAGAACGGCCCCGUGUCUGAGGGAGGGGAUGAAGAGGAGGAGGUGGAGCAGUACCUGAUGCGGACCGGCACAGUGAACAGCAUGGAGAGCUCCCAGUCGGUGCCCAGUAUGUCCAUCUCAGCCAGUUCUCAGAGCAGCUCGGUCAACAGUCUGGCCGACGCAUCCGACGACAGCAGCAGCGAGAUGGCCAUGAUGCAGGAGGGCGAGCACACCGUCACCUCCAACAGCUCCAUCAUCCACCGACCCACGGGUCAGGAUAACAUCUACGAUGACCCGUACCAGCCGGAGAUGGACCAGCCUCAGGCUGCCUCAGCUGAACGCCGCCGAGCCUACUACCGCAACCGGGACCACUUUGCCACCAUCCGGACCGCCUCCUUGGUGACCCGUCAGAUCCAGGAACACGAGCAGGGCUCGGCGCUGCGGGAGCAGAUGUCCGGCUACAAGCGUAUGAGGCGGCAGCACCAGAAGCAGCUAAUGGGGCUGGAGAACAAGCUGAAGGCGGAGAUGGACGAGCACCAGCUGAAGCUGGACAAAGAGCUGGAGAAUCAGAGGAACAGCUUCUCCACCGAGGCCGACAAGCUGGCCAAGAAGCACCAGGCCAUCCUGGAGAAAGAGACGAAAGCUGCUCUGGCAGAAGAGAAGAAGUUCCAGCAGCACAUACUGGGCCAGCAGAAGAAAGAACUGACCAGUUUACUGGAGUCCCAGAAACGCCAGUACCGCCAGCGCAAGGAUCAGCUUAAAGAGGAGCUCAACGAGAACCAGUUGACUCCGAAGCGGGAGAAGCAGGAGUGGCUGAUCCGUCAGAAGGAGUGUCUGCAGCAGAUGCAGGCGGAGGAGGAGGCCAGCCUGCUGCGGAGGCAGCGGCAGUACUACGAGCUGCAGUGCCGCCAGUACAAGAGGAAGAUGCUGCUGGCUCGCCACAACCUGGAGCAGGACCUGCUCAGAGAGGACCUGAACAAGAAGCAGACCCAGAAGGAUCUGGAGUGUGCCAUGCUGCUGCGGCACCACGAGUCCACCCAGGAGCUGGAGUUCAGGCAGCUGGGCUCGGUGCAGCGGACCCGGGCCGACCUGAUCCGAACGCAACACCAGACCGAGCUGACCAACCAGAUGGAGUACAACAAGCGCCGUGAGCAAGAGCUGCGACAGAAACACACCAUUGAGGUCCGUCAGCAGCCCAAGAGCCUCAAGUCCAAGGAGCUGCAGAUCAAGCGUCAGUUCCAGGAGACCUGUAAGAUCCAGACGCGUCAGUACAAAGCCCUGAGAAACCACCUGCUGGAGAGCACUCCCAAAUCCGACCACAAGGCCGUCCUUAAACGCCUCAAAGAGGAGCAAACACGUAAGCUGGCCAUCCUGGCCGAGCAGUACGACCACUCCAUCAACGACAUGCUGUCCACACAGGCUCUGCGUCUGGACGAGACCCAGGAGGCGGAGUACCAGGUGCUGAGGAUGCAGCUGCAGCAGGAGCUGGAGCUGCUGAACGCCUACCAGAGCAAGAUCAAGAUCCACACUGACACGCAGCACGAGCGCGAGGUGAAGGACCUGGAGCAGCGGGUAUCCAUCCGCCGGGCACUGCUGGAGCAACGGAUCGAGGAGGAGAUGCUCUCGCUGCAGAACGAGCGUUCGGAGCGGAUCCGGACCCUGCUGGAGCGCCAGGCCCACGAGAUCGAGGCCUUCGACUCGGAGAGCAUGCGGCUCGGCUUCAGCAACAUGGCUCUGAGCGGCAUCCCGGCCGAGGCCUUCAGCCAGGGCUACCCCACGCCCAGCCCGUCCUCGGGCUCCGCCGGCUGGCCGUCCCGGCCCGUGCCGCGGUCCGGCAGCCACUGGAGCCACAGCGUGCAGAACUCGGUGGCCACGCCCUCCUGGCGCAGCCAGGCCCACGCCGGGGGGGGCGGGGGGGGCUUCAGCCGCGCCGAGUCCAUCACAUCGGCACACUGCCUCGGCAGGGACGGGGAGCUGCACCAGAGCAGCCGGGGCUCCCACUCGUCCCACUCCUCCUCCUCCUCCUCCCAUCACCACCAGCAGCAGCACUACCUCCCCCAGCACCACCAGCCCCCCCAGCACCACCAGCCCCCCCAGCACCACCAGCCCCCCCAGCACCAGCAGCACCACCAGAGCACGCCGCAGCUCUACCACGAGGCCCGGGAGCGAGAGCGCCCCAGGGAGUGGCUGGGUUACCCCCAUCCCUCGCAGGUCCACCCCCACCACCACCACCACCACCACCUGGCCUCCCACGCCUCCUCCCAGUCCCUGGCGCUCCUGCCCCCCCCACCUCCUCCCCCCAUCUCCCUCUCCUCGCCGGCGCCCUCCGCCUCGUCUUCCUCCUCGUCUCAGGGGGGGGGCUACGGCGGGCUGAGCGUGCGGGGCCCCCCCGGGCUCAUGGCCCUCAGGAACAGCCCCCAGCCCCUCAGGAGGACGGCCUCGGGGGGGCCCGGCAGCGACGGGGGGGGGCUCAGCCGGAGCACAUCGGUCACGUCUCACAUCUCUAACGGCUCGCACCUCUCGUACUCAUGAAACCACCUCUGAUUGGUCACUCUGCUUCUUUAGAGAGAGGGAG